CGUUCACUGGGUUUUCUUUACAUAACUCCCAACUCGCAUCCGCCGCCCCGCCCCCAUCUUUCUCCACUUUCUUCUUGUUCUUUCCCUCUGCCAUUUCAUAAUUGUCAGCGAUGAUCUUUCGCUUUCCUUUGCUCGGCCAAAUGCCCCAGUGGUUUUGCAUUUGCUUAAAUUGUUGGUCAACAGUGAUGGGAACUAUCAACGCACAUUCCUCAGAAUUUAUCUGAGGUGCUCCUUCUUGAGAUCUUGAGACAUGCAAACUAGGUAUCUGUUUUCCUAAAACGUAACUUGUGUUAUUAUUCUGAUGUCUUGAACAAUUGUUGGUACAACAAUUAUGCCUCUUUCCGUUUGUACCUUUUUUGGGUACAUUAAAAUUUUCCAAAAAAAAUCAUUUAAGUUCGAAUUCGUAAACAUAACUUAUGAUUAGUAUUCCUCAUUAAUAAUCCACAGUUGCUAAUUCUUAUUUAUUCUCAUUUUAUUGUCUUGACCAAUCAUAGGUACAAUAUAUGCCUUUUUCCAUUUGUACCUUUUCCCCAAAAAGUGUUUAUUUAAUGUCGAAUAACUUUGCAGUCUUUUCCCCGUGUUCAAUACUUUAAUUCAAAAUACAACAAAUCUCUACCUUAUAUUAUUUACCUGUAAUAUAAAUAGGCCCAUCUAGUAUAACCAGAAAUAGUUUCUUUCCCAUCACUGUUGGCCAGUGACGUCGCCGGUUUAAGAAUAGACAUGAUGUCCGCCUGGUGACCUGAGGAGAUGAGUGAUGCGGAUCGUCUGGUGGCCAAUCUGCGCCGGGUGCCCGUGCGUCUGCCCAAGGAGUUGGAGGUGCGCCAGUUGUGCCGAUCCCUGGGCGACUUGCUCGCCGGCGAGGCCAACCUGCUGAGCCUGCAGAGUCCGCAGAUCGUGUGCGGCGACAUCCACGGGCAGUUCCAGGACCUGCUGCACCUACUGGAUGUGGGCGGAUCGGUCCAGCAACAUCGCUACUUGUUCCUGGGUGACCUGGUGGAUCGGGGCAAGAACAGCGUGGAGACCUUUCUGCUGCUGGCUGCCCUCAAGGUCCGACAUCCCGGCCAGGUGAGCCUGUUAAGGGGCAACCACGAGUGCCGCAGUGCCACAAGAUGCUACGGAUUCUACGAGGAGUGCCUGGCCCAGUAUGGUUCGGCGAAUGUCUGGCGGAUGUGUUGCCGCGUCUUCGAUCUCUUGCCCCUGGCGGCGAUCAUUGAUGGGAAAAUAUUUUGCGUUCAUGGCGGACUGUCGCCGGAAAUCCAACAGUUGGAUGAGUUCCGUAAGCUGGAUCGCCGCCAUGAGAUCCCCGAGAGCGGCUGCAUAGCGGAUCUCCUCUGGAGCGAUCCCCAGGAGGCACCUGGAUGGGCUGCAUCGCCGCGGGGACAUGGAAAACUCUUUGGCGGCGAUGUGGUGGAGGAGUUCAGCCGCAGCAAUGGAAUCUCCCUCAUUUGCCGGGCUCAUCAGUUGGCCCAGGAUGGCUUCCGGUGGCAUUUUGGCCAACAGCUUGUGACCAUCUGGUCGGCACCCAACUAUUGCUAUCGCUGUGGCAACAAGGCGGCCAUUCUGCGUGUGAAUUCUGCCGAGGAUUACGAUUUCGAGGUGUUCGAGGCGCAGGCGCUGCACUCCAAACCGCAGCCAAAGAGACCGAAAAAGCGGUGUCGUCAGUUUUUCUUAUGAUGCAAUCUCAGUUUCCCCGUGAAUCUCAUCCCGAGAUAAAAUGCAAUGUCAAGUUCACAGAGCGGGAAAAUCAGCUGUUUACCUAGUCAUACACCCACCCCAGCACUCUUAGACCAUAACUCUUCCAUUCCACCUUACUCUUAGAAUCGUAAUCAAUAAAAUAUACACUCAGUAUAACAUUGAGGUAGACUUCCCUUUACUGGCGUUGGCUCUGGCGGUCUCUUGAUGCCUUUGCUUGUGUUAUCUGCACUCUCUUUCCACUUCGCAGUCUUAUCUGGCCAACAUCGGUGCUUAAACUUAUAGCACUCGCUGUGAGUUUAUGAAAAGUUGUAGUUAAAAAGAUUGUGGUUUCAAGAAAACAUUGAUUCAUAAUAGCCAGGAUAUAAGAAAAAUACACCUACAUGAUUUUAAAAUGACCAAGUAAUACUUUAUGUAUUAACAGAUUUCACGGCAUUUUAAGCUACAUUUGUUUUCAGGCAAAUUGAGUUUUUCAUCACUUAAAAAACAUUAUAAAACUAGACUGUUUUGACAAAAGAUAUAUAAAUAUCAAAAAUUUUACAUAAAUUUGUAAUAGUAAAAUUUCCCGAGAGUACUAGAAUUAAGAACAUUUAAUUCUAACCAUUCUAAUCGAAAAUGUCGCAUCCGGGAACUUUACUUAAAGUGGAUUUUCAUUUUAGCAAUUCACUGUAUUGAAGGGCUAAUGAAGAUUUUUCUAGGCAAAACAACUUUGGUUUUAAAGGAGCAUAUUUGAUUAGGUUUCUCUGUACAUUGUCUGAAACAG